AUCGUGAAGUAUUAUAAGGUGUCUACGAUAAGCCAUCACAGAAAAAUCGCUGGAUCGUUAAGCACAUUCUAUCCACUACAGCAGUUUUCUGCUCAGCCAAAGCUCACUAUUUGCUAGUGCCCUUUCACGCACACUAGUGGCCCGCACAUAAACCAAUCAGCUCACCGGAACACCUUUGCUUACUUCCCCUCCCCUUUUCUCACAAGCGCGAAGCCAUGAAUGAAAACACAGCGGCAGAGUUAGUUUCUUAAAAAAGGUCGAUUUCAGUAAUAUGGACCUGGUUUGGAUUUUUCCAAGCUGAUGUUACACAAUCAACAGUAAUAUGUAAAAUUUGCACAGAGGUCGUUCUCGCGUCGGACGGAAGCACGACAAAUCUUUUUAACCACUUAAAGAGGCGACAUGCCAAACAGUACGCUGAAAGUCAGGUAACCGGCAGAUUAACCACACCGCAGCUAGCAGAGGCUAAUGCUACAGCCGGACCAAAACAAACAACGCUAACGCGGUCAUUUGAGAGAGGCAAUCCCUACGAGAAGAGAAGUAAACGAUGGAGAGAGGCUCUGUACAGCUCCCGUGAUGGAGACCACAACGCCAGCUGCGCCAGAGAAGAAGGAGUGCAAGGGCUCAGGCCUGGAUCUUAGCAGCUUCUCCGACUUGCCCAAGAAGCCCUCGCCCACCACAGUGACACGAGCUCCUCCUCUUUUCCCGACCUUCCACACACCGAUACCAAUCGACAUGCGGCACCAUGAGGGUAGAUACCAUUAUGAGCCACACCCUCUUCAUGCCAUGCAUGGGCCUGUUGGAUUAGCUGGAAGUCCGGUCAUCUCCGAUAUCUCUCUGAUUCGCUUGUCCCCUCACCCUGCAGCCACGGGUGAAUCUCCGUUCAGCCCACCACACCCUUACGUCAACCCCCACAUGGAGCACUACCUGCGCUCGGUCCACAGCAGCCCCCCACUGUCCGUCAUCUCGGCCGCACGAGGCCUGAGCCCAGCUGAUGUAACACACGAGCACCUAAAGGAGCGAGGGCUCUUUGGCCUCCCUCCUCCCCCACCCGGGACCAACCCAGCCGAGUACUAUCACCUGAUGGCCAGCCACCGCAAUCCCUAUGGAGAGCUGCUGAUGCAGACGGGGGCAGCAGCUGCAGCCGCCGCAGCAGCACAUCUACCUGAUUACAUGAGCCCAGUGGACAUGUCUCGUUUCCCCAGCCCCAGACUGACGCCCAGGCUGAGCCGGAAGCGGGCGCUCUCCAUCUCGCCCAUGUCGGACGCCAGCAUUGACCUGCAGACCAUGAUCCGCACCUCUCCCAACUCUCUGGUGGCGUACAUCAAUAACUCGCGCUCCAGCUCCAAUGCCAGCAGCUCUUACGGGCACCUCUCCGUUGGGGGCAUAAGUCCGUCCUUCACCUUACCGUACCCCAUCACACCAGUGGCGUACCAGCAGCUCCUGUCCCAGCAGAGAGGGCUGAGUGCGUUUGGCCAUACUCCUCCCCUCCUGCAGCCCUCGCCCCCCUUCAGCAGCCGCCAGCAGCCCCUGGGAGGAGCAGCAGCUCACAGCACUAGCAGCAACCCCAGCACAGAGGCCAACCAGAACGCCGGAAGUGACUCAGCUGUCAGCAGCACAGUCAAUCCCAUGAUCACCAAGAAGUCAAAGGUGAAGACAGAAUUGGACGGGAUGCGCCCCAUCUCCCCCUGCUCUCAGGACCAUUUGGAGCUGAGAGAGGAGAUGGAUAAGGAUGAGUGCAAGCAGGAGCCAGAGGCCAUUUACGAGACCAACUGCCACUGGGAGGGCUGCUCUAAAGAGUACGACACACAGGAGCAGUUAGUGCAUCACAUCAAUAAUGACCACAUCCACGGGGAGAAGAAGGAGUUUGUGUGCCGCUGGGACGAGUGCUCGCGAGAGCAGAAGCCCUUCAAGGCCCAGUACAUGCUGGUGGUGCACAUGCGGCGCCACACCGGGGAGAAACCUCACAAAUGCACAUUUGAAGGUUGCUCCAAGGCUUACUCCCGACUGGAGAACUUGAAAACCCACCUGAGGUCCCACACAGGAGAGAAACCGUACGUGUGUGAGCACGAGGGCUGCAACAAAGCUUUCUCCAAUGCCUCAGAUCGAGCCAAGCACCAGAACCGUACACAUUCAAACGAGAAACCAUAUGUGUGCAAGAUCCCAGGUUGCACCAAGCGCUACACAGACCCCAGCUCUCUCAGGAAGCAUGUAAAGACUGUUCAUGGUCCAGAAGCGCAUGUCACAAAGAAACAGCGUGGUGAUGCUCCAACGAAACCUCAUCCUCCUAAAGGGAAUGGAGAAAGCGAUUCCAGCACUAAGCAUCCUGGGAGAGGAACAGACGGGUCAGCUGAAGCUAACAGCACUACCAGAGGUGUGGAGGACUGCCUGCAAGUGAAGUCUAUCAAGACAGAGAAUACAAUGAUGUAUCAGUCCAGCCCUGGUGGUCAGUCAUCAUGCAGCAGCGAACCAUCGCCGCUUGGUAGCACCACCAACAAUGACAGUGGAGUAGAGAUGGCCAUGCACAGUGGAGGCAGUUUGGGGGAUCUGAGUGCUCUGGAUGACCCCCCUGUGGUGGAUUCCACUGGUUCUCCAGGGGGCUCAGCAGGAGUAGGUCUCCAGCUGCGCAAGAACAGGGGGGGCCUCAUACAGAUCGAGCAUAUCAAGAAGGAGAAGCUUAAGACCGUGAGAGACUCAUGCUCCUGGUCAAACACAGCUCCUCAAGUCCGAAACACCAAGCUGCCUCCUAUACCAGCUCUUGGACCUGUGCUUGAAAUUUCCAGCAUGGGCUCUCAGACUGCUGGCCUGCCAGGCCAACGCUUUGGAGACUUGCCUUUAUGCGAAAUGACGAUCUUGAACCAGCUGAACGAGCGCAGAGACAGCACGACCAGCACGAUGAGCUCGGCCUACAGCCGCAGAUCCUCAGGCAUCUCGCCCUGCUACUCCAGCCGCCGCUCCAGCGAAGCCUCGCAGUUCGGGGGACGCAACAACAACGUCAGCUCAGCGGACUCUUACGACCCUAUUUCUACAGACCUGUCCCGCCGAUCCAGCGAGGCUAGUCACUGUGGCGGUGGAGGUGGUGGUGGUGGAGGAGGUGCACUGCCGAGCUUACUGAGUCUCACCCCUGCUCAGCAUUAUCGCUUAAAGGCUAAAUAUGCUGCAGCUACAGGGGGUGCUCCACCUACACCUCUGCCCAGCAUGGAUCGCAUGAGUCUUAGAACUAGAAUGGCCUUGUACAAUGACUCUCAGGAGAACUCGGCACAUUUGUUCCAAGCCCGGGUUGCAGCCACCUCAAGACGCUGCAGUGAUACGGCCUACGGUGCACCUGGCUUGAUGCCUCACGAAGUUCCAAACAGUCUCCCGAGGAGAGCCAGCGACCCUGUCCGCUGCACAACUCUGGAUCCGCUUACUUUACCCAGAGUUCAGCGCUAUAACAGCAUGAGCAGCAUGAACCCUUCUAGAUUGCAGGCUGGUGAUUACCGUGGUGUAAACCUGCAGAACAACACCUGGUCAGACGGCAGCUUGCAUAGUCAUCCCUUCAACCAGAGGCCACCGAGCAUCUCAGAGAACAUUGUCAUGGAGAACAUGGCUAUCGACGGAGCUCACCAGACUGAAGAUGACAUGGUUCUUCCAGACGAUGUGGUGCAGUACCUCAGGUCCCAGCAUGGUGGCCCAACUCAGGGCCGAGGGAUGGCUUACAGCAGCGGCCAAGCUGCUCAAGACUUCCCAAGCAACCCCUCCUCCCAUCAGCAUCAGCAGUUCUAUGGGCAACGCCGCAUGGCCUUGGUUGACGCUAACCUGAACCAUGCAGAUCAACAAGUGAUGCCCCCCUGCCAGAUCAGUCCUGGUUCCCAGCAGCCGUUCCAGUCAUCCAAUAGCAUGAACAAGAACAACAUGCCUGUACAGUGGAAUGAAGUCAGCUCAGGUACUAUGGACAACACAGCAAGGCAACCAAAGCUUCAGCUCCUCAAAGCUAAUCUGGCCUUGGUCCAGCCAAAGCAGAACACUGGCGCUUAUCAGAGCUUUGGCUCCAAUCAGCAGGUCACCCCAAUGAGCCAGAAUUUGGCUGCUCUACAGCAGACUAAUCCACAGAGGAGCACCCAGAGGAUCAACUCCGUCCAGCAGUAUAGACAGUCGUACGUUAACUCUGGUCAGAACCUCAAUGAACAACCAGCAUAUAGACAGGAAAUAAACGCUAACCCUUCAUCUGGAAACACAAUGGCUCUGCAAAAUCAAGGCAUGCACAAUUACAGGUCCAGCUACUCGCACAUGAGUAACUUCAACCAGCAGAAUUGUGUUCCACCAACCCAAACAACCCUUCCAAAUGGUGGCAGAGUGCCAUUUCACCCCAGGCCUCCCUCCAAUCCCAAACCUUCAAGCAGGCAACACUCAGGUUCAGCUGUGCCCCAGCAAAUUACGUAUUCCAACGUGUCCAACGCUAGCUCCAACUUUAACACCUCAGAGGCUAGUCCUAAGAGACCUGCUGGCACUAAUCAUGUGACCAGCGGGAAUAAUAAUAACAAUAUGUGCUAUUCAGGUGAGAUUCACAUGCUAGACGGCAACAUAGAUUACAGCUCGCCCAUGUCUCCCUGUGCCGGUCAAGCUCCUUGCUCUGCAGGGGCUACAAUGGCAUCUCCGGGGGUCAACCAAGUCACCAGCACGGUGGACACUUCUCAGACUGUUGAGCAUACUCAAAUAGACUUUGAUGCUAUUUUGGACGAUGGAGAUCAUUCCAGCCUAAUGUCCGGCACACUGAGCCCUGGCCUCUUGCAGAGUCUUUCCCAGAGUUCCUCCCGCCUCACCACCCCACGCAACUCUGUCACGUUGGCCUCGGUGCCAGCAGGCAUCAGCAACAUGGCUAUCGGUGACAUGAGCUCCAUGCUGACUGCCCUGGCUGAGGAAAGCAAGUUCUUAAACAUGAUGGCUUAAGGAUAUUAUGGAUUGAUAUUAGGAAAAUAUAUUAUAUAUCCUGUCCUCAGUGAUCCUGAACCUCUUUCUACCAUUUUUUUGUAAAGACUAUAUGAAUAAUGAUAAGAUAGAUACAGUAUGUGACAAAGCAGCCACUUAUGUCCUAUGGGGAGCAAAACAUGUACAUACUCUUCUUUAAAAAAAAAAAAACUGAGAAAAAACUGAAAGCACUGACAUAACAUAACAGUGAAAUUUAAGGAACUCCGGGUGAGCAUUUUACCGAAUGCCUGCAUUAAAGUUCCUUGCAUUUUCAGGCAGAGAUAGAGAAAUAUAUAUUAUAUGCAAUCAGACUGAAUUUCAGAGGCCUCAUAGCAUGGCAUAUAUCCGUGUCAGGAAGCCAUACAUACUGUAUGUUUUAAACAGAGAUCAGGGUAAUGGUCUCAGGCUGGCUUGGAACAAGUCUGAUUAUCCCCCUUUUCCUCAGCAGUGCACUGAAAGUGGUUCACAAAGUGCCUUGCAAAUAAAAUAAAGACAUAAAAAUAAAUAAAUAUAAAUAAAAAUAAAACAACAAAAAAUACACAUGUUCAUUAGGAUGGUCCGAUUGUAUGUAAUCUGGUAUAUAGUUACUAUUCUAGAGCUAUAGGUAUUUGUGUUGCAUUUUAAUUUCAGUUUAGUUGGUUUAUAGUUACUCUAUUCUACUUGCAUUAAAUUAUGUUUAUUACUCAAUAGCUGCACAGACUUCUCAAACUCUUUGAUGUACAGUAUUAUUUGGUGCUCUCUUGUUCAUUCCAAGAGGCUUUGCUGGAAAAUAAUCCCUAUUGUAUUCCAGAAUCAUGAUGAUGAUGAUAAUGAUGGCGAUGGUGAGGAUGUUGAUGAAUUUUGUCAGUAAGUGUCAGCCAUCUUCCAAGUGCCCUCCAGGAACUGUGAACCUCUGGAAGAAGAAGCUGGUCAGGUUGUGUGAUUGUGAAAAGUCCAGCAGUGGAUCUUUAACUAAGGAACUGUGGGGUGAGGGGGUGAUGUCAACCCUGCGUCCCUCAGAAAUCUCUUUAAAGGAAUAUGCAAGUACUCUCCACGCUCUCAGUGAAGAUCACACCCUAAUUAAGAGGUUAAUCACCCUCAUGAACAGCUUACAAACUGGAGUAAAAAAAAAAAGACACAUUCGCGUUCACAUUCUGCUUUUGAAUGUUCGAAUUAAAGAAAAUGUUUGUAUCUCGCCGUCCCAUUUACCAAGCUUGUACAGUUUUUGUAUAUUUUUUAAUACAGUAUCUUGAUACACUUGGACAUUUGUUCUCUAA